CAAUUUGAACCUUUAAUUAUAAUUUACUAAAAAUGGACAAAAUUUGUCGAACAAGUUUGCACAAAGAGGGGAUCAGAAUGUUUAUGAGGCUUCAUAAGCCUUGGUUUGGUACCGGAACAAUCACAAAUAUACCAAAAUCGUGUUUUGGAAGCAAAAGCAUUCAGAGACUACAUAAUUGCAGUAGUUAUAGCUCAUUACUAACUCAACUUGAGACUAUUAGCAGUGAAGGGGAACAAAUUCCACCAGCUUUAUUCAAAGCAUUCGAGGAGAGAGAAAAGAGCUCAACAUGGAAAGACUUUUUUACUAUUUCAAGCACUGAUCCUUAUGAUUAUGAUGAAGCAGUUUUAAAUUUUACUGAAUUAAUGAACCGGAACAAUUAUACACAAACAAUUCCAAAGAAUGUGUGCAUUGGAAUAAUCAACACGAUGAUUCUUGUGAGAAAAAUGGAUAAGGAACUUUCAAAAACUUUUGAUUUGAAGGACAAAACGAAGAGUUAUAUCUCUAGGAACUGGAUGAAGAUGCCACCUGAGAUUCUCAAGCAUUAUAUUACUAACAUUAAGUAUCAUCAAAUUGAAAAGGAGAUUCCUAAAUAUUUAGAGAGCCAGAUUCAGCUGGCUCUUGAAAAAGAGAAUGAUCACUUCUACAACCAGAAGCAGAUUGAUGCAAUUCUUGACGACAUUAUUGAGUAUGCUUGGAAGUUCAAUCUUCUGCACCUUAAAUUAGACUGGUUCCCAGUUAUCAGGAGACUUUUAGUCCUAACUCAGUACAAUCGGAUUAGACAAAUAAUUGACAUCCAUUAUAACCACCUGGAGCCUGCCAAGGCUGCUGAAUCAGCAGUCUUGAAGGAGAAUUUGGUUGAGCUAAUCAUUAGCCAAGGAAUGAAAGAACAAAGGGUGAAAACACUCUUUUUCAAUGCGGCAGGGAAGCUCAUUGAGGAUUACAAUCUUGACACUAAUAAAUUCCCAGUGCUAAAGGAAGAGGCUAUCAGGAAGGAAAUGAACUGGUUUUUGUAUUCCACCAACAUCCUUAACCAGAGGAGGUUGCCUAACUGGAAGCUAUACGAUAUAUUUGAGAGUGAAAAGACAGGGUAUGAAAACCCUCUCAAGGAUCAUAUAAAAAUAUAAUAGUUGAAUGUUUAAUCAAGAGAGGCUCUAAGAAGCAAAUCGAGGAUGCCAGGUUGUUCGCAGUUAGAUCUGGGAUUUGGGAUCAAUUGGACCAAAAGACUCAAAAUAGACUCUCAAUAGUUCCCUUGAGAACAACAUUUUCUGAUGAAAUGAGCGGCUCUCAAUUAAUUCAAGAGAAGUUUGAACCCUUGUCUAGUCCUAAAAAGGACUACAUUCACCUUCCUCAAUCAACUGUUGUGAAAAUGGUAGGACAAGAGAAUGAAGUUGAGAGAAUGAUUCAUGAUCUCACUUCAAAAGCAGAUCUUAGUGAAGACAGUCCUCUACUUCUAGGAAUUGACUGAGAAUGGCGCCCUCCUUUUGCUUCAGUUGAGCCCAAUGGAGCUGCCCUCCUCCAGCUUGGAAAUGAGGAUACUAUUUACUUGAUUGACAUGAUUUCAUUGGCCAACUCAGAAACACUAGAUAAUGCCCUAACUUCUGUGUUUAAUCAUAAGAAUAUCAGAGUAAUCGCUAUGGAUUUUAAGAAUGAUAUCAAGGAGAUCAACCUGAGAUCGCCUGAGUUUAAGUUCAUCUGGAAUAUGGCCAAUCUCCAUGAUCUAAACACUAUUUAUUCUCACUUAAAUAAGGACUCUCAGAAAACAAGUUUAGCUCAUAUCACUGAAGAUCUUCUUGGGAUGAAAAUCUGUAAGUACGAACAAAUUUCAAACUGGGAGAGAAGGCCCCUGACUCAGUCACAGAUGCAUUAUGCUGCAGUUGAUGCAUACAUCCUUAUUGAGCUCUACAAGACAAUUUGAGAUAAUUUGGGAAAAGAUUUUGAAGAGAAAAUUGAGAAGAUUGAGAAAAUCGAGAAAAUUCAUACCAGCCCACAAAAGAUCGUUUCUAGGAAUGAGGAAGAGGAAAAGUCUCCAGAAAAAGAGGAUCAAAAGACAGUGACUCCAGUAAUACAGAAAAAGAAGGUUCUAGCGGAACAAUCUCCUGAGACUCAUAGAUUGCUAACAUCUAAAUUUGUGCUUGAAGUUGAACCCUGUGAUGAAUACUCCUUCAUAGUUGAUGAUACAAUGCCAGAGCUAUAUAAGAUCUUAAAACACCAUAACUUCAGAGUACAGGUUCUUGAGAAUGAUAAAGAGAAAGAAUUAGUUCUUGACCAAAUCAAAGACGGGCCAUGGAUCAUCAUCACUAGAUCAGUCAGUCAAUAUAAAGCAUACGAGGGUCAGAGAAGGAUCUUCUUCAAUUUCCGUCAUAAGAUGCCUCCAUUCGACCAGUUCAAUGGUCUUAUGAGGCAACUAAAGAUACCAUUACAGACAGAGGAAGAUAUCUUGGAUCGAAUCCAGUAAUUCUUAUAUUUCAGUCAAAUAUCUUGAGAUA